AGCUGAGGAGUCAAACAAAGCUGAUCUCCAGUCUGCUGAGACUUCAUCAAGAGCAGGUUUAUCAGGAUGAGGAUGGAGGUUUUGUUCAGGAUGAAGACUGCUGUGGUCGUUAUGCUGUGUCUUCAUCAGAUGUCUUUUUCUUCUGCUCAGGAGUGUCCAUCCACCCACGACCUGCUGAACUCGCUGCGGCAGGUGGAGAAGAUGUUGGCAGUCCAUGAGGCCUCGUACCAGCAGGGCCUGCGCUCUCUCAGGAAGAAGAUCAGUGCUCUGCACAACAGCACCAUGGCCAUCUUUAAGGCUGGUGCGACCUGCCCCAAACCAGAGCCCCCUGCUCAUGGCCGCAGACUGGGCAGGGUGUUUGGUAUCGGACACGAGGUCCACUUCUUGUGCAAACCUGGCUACGAGCUGAUUGGCCCACGAACCCGAGUGUGUCUGGAUUCUCUUAAGUGGAGCGGCCAGCAGCCAAUGUGCAGACGCCUCAACAGCACUGACAACUCCCUGGCCUCCUUCACUCCUGUGGCUCGGUCUUCUCCAUCCACUUCCUCCUCCUCCUCCUCCUCCUCCUUCCCUGCCUCUGCUGCUCUGUCAGCAUCCUCCCCGUCUUUCUCUUCAUCAUCUCCAGUUUCUCCCCUCUCCUCAUCCUUACCCACACCCCCACCCCCUUCCUCAUCCGUCCGUCCAUCUCACUGCACUCACUUUCUGGGUUCCACCCGCUGCACCUGUGACGUGGGUUUCACCAUAUCAGGUCGUGACAACAACAUUUGCACAGAUAUCGAUGAGUGUCGUCUGUUUCCUCUCGGUCAGCCUGGCCGCCUCUGUGUCCAUCAGUGUGUAAACACUCCUGGCAGCUUCCACUGCUUCUGUCCAGCCGGCUACGACCUCGCCAGAGACGGUCGCAGCUGCACAGACGUCGACGAGUGUGAAAACCGGAUGCACAACUGCACACUAGAGCAGGUGUGUGUGAACACCUACGGAGGUUUCCAGUGCGUGACGGUGGGAUGUCCUCAGAUGAAAAAUGCCACGUACAUCAAGACAUCACCAAUGCGCUGUGAGAGGAACCCGUGCAUGCUGGGAGACAAAGGAUGCACUCAGGCACCAAACUCUAUCUCCUUCCACUUCCUGUCUGUGGUGUCUAACAUGUCAGCCCCCCGCGUCCUGUUCCGGGUGUCGGCGGCUCGAGUACUGGGUGACACGCUACGCUUUGGUCUGGCGGGUGGCCGUGGACGGGGCCACUUUAGCGUGCAACGCUCUGGACGCCAAACUGGCACCCUCCUCCUGGUGACGCCCAUCAAGGGUCCUGCUGCUCUGGAGGCUGAGGUGGAGAUGAGCGAGCUGGAGCACAACUCACUGCUGGGGCGCUACCUCACCAAGGUCACCCUGUUUGUUUCUCCAUAUGAGUUUUAGGGAGUAGAUUUAUAAGUGCAGGGGUUCAAGGUUUGUCAGGGGUUAACAGAAUUUGGUGCCAAUUUUGUUUUUGAGUUGUAACAGUUUCCAAAGAAAGAAAGA